AUGACCGACCACACUGUCGAGGUUUACGACGAUUACUCUAAGAAAUGGUCAAGAGUACCGCCGAUGCGCAGCAAACGAGUUGGUGCAGCUGCAAUGGUCGUCGGUGAUCAUCUAUACGUCGUGGGUGGUUAUCGUGUCCACCCCGACCAACCACUUGGAUGCGUGGAAGUCUACGACCCGUGGUUGAACCGGUGGAAACGGCUGAAGUCCUCCAUGUGUAUCCCUCGCUUCGGGCACAGUCUCGCUCUUGUUGACGACCGAUACCUGUACGCUAUAGGAGGAGACUCUCAGCGACAAUUAGUUUCCGAAGUGGAAGUUUUCGACACUCAAAUCGGUCGGUGGCUCCAACAACCAGAAUUGAAAAUAUGCCUGCCGCGCCCUCUUGCUGGUGGUCGGGUGAUCGAGAAGGACGGUUUGCUAUACAUCGUUGGUGGAGAUGUUGGAUCUUCCCCUCUGCAGUUCUCAGACCUUAUCUACGUCUUGGACACAACAGUCACUCCUCACGUUUGGUCGGUACUUUCGACUCGACUGAAGGUUGGCCGGUCGGCAUGCGCUGUUGCAUGGCUCGACGAGUCUAAAUCCGCUAUCGGAGUGUUUGGUGGUUAUGUGGUGAUCGACGGGGACUUCAAAGAAGUUGCUACUUCAGAGGUGAUACCGUUGGAAGGUACUCAUGUUGUACCUCUCCAUGAAGCACCUAUCCUGGGUCGAGUGAUGCCAGUCGACGCUCAUGCCAAGGAGAUACCCGAGAUGCCAUCCACUAGAGCGGGCUGUCGUGCAGUGACUGUUGGUUGCCGUGUUAUUCUGGUCGGAGGUGAAAAUCCCAUCCCUGCCAACGCCGCGGAGAUCACUGAUAGUGGGAGUGAUUCGGUCUCUAGUCCAGGAUCGGAUCGAUCUACCGAGUCCUCUGACAUCUUGGCGGAGUUCGUCAACAACAGCAACAGCGCUGCAGCUGAUCGCUCCAGUAUAUUUGUUCCACUCGAGGGGGCUUCAGAUGACUCUAUACUCGAUGCUCCGUCAACGCCUAGUCGCUCCCAAGAUUCAUCAACUCGGCCAGCUUCUAUCGACGAAGCGGUAACUAGAGCGAUGCAACGAUACUUCACUCUAGUUCAUAGUACUCGCCCGAACUCUGACAGUGGUACUCAACGUGAGCGGGACGCUGCUGCACAGUUGUUACAGGAGAUCACGAGAGCCCUCCGUGUGCAAGCGGUUCAUGCUAGACGGCUAUCUGAACCUGUGAGGGUUGUCCACGACAAGCCGCUGGUUUUCGACUCUUCGAAAUGGUGCUGGGUCGACGAGCAAGCGUUGUUCGCUGGGCGGACUGCUGCUGCUAUUUCUGUUGGGUCCGUCUUUCCGGUCAGCUAUGGUUGUGAGCCACGUCGUAAUAGCGGUGGACUGAGGCACUCCUGUAAGCGGAGUCGUGUGGAAUGCACUCCCAGUGCAUCUGCGAGGAGAAGGGGGAAGACCGGAUGCAGUCUACGGGGGUGUCUUCAUUUUGAAGUUCCUUGUGAGGUUAAUAUGGCUGCUGAGAGAGUCGAUAAUGGGAAAGUUGCGGCUCCCAUACCUUUGGGAAUGCCCGUUAUAGAAGAAUGCCCUCUCAUGAUUGGUGUACGGUUGUUGGGUUCGGAGGUCGUGCAUGUGAUCGUGAGCCCGGGGACUCGACUACCUGUUGAUAACAAGCUAUUGAAGUUAACAACUUCUCGUGAUCACCAGAGUGUGGCUACUGUGCAGCUCGUUGUGAGCGGUGGUAGGACUGCAUUGAGUGCCUGUCGAGACUUCAUGAGCCUCACACGAGAGCUUGACACGUCGACCAAUCACUACCAAGGGCUGGUCCAGCUUGACUUGUAUUUGAGCAUCUCAGUGUUUGCAGAAGUUACUGCAGUUCUAGAUGAGUUGACGGAUUUUAGAGGUAUUAAUAACGGAAUAGCCCAAGCCGCCGGCGACGGUGGGUCGAUCUCUGAUCUUCCAUACCAACUCUGCCUCAUCGGAACGGCCUCGUGCUGUUAUGGACGAUCAAGGCAGGAAUCAGUGUCUAGCAGUUUCACAUCUAUAUCGACUGACAAGACUGGCUGUGCAGUAUGGGAAUGUGGUAUCAUUCUCGCCUACUGUCUUUGCCAGGCAUUUUUGCUGCGAGGGAAAUCUAGCGCUCUGAAGUUGCCGAUUGGUCCUGAUACGGAGAACUAUGGUGUCGAGCUGGGCUGUGGCACGGGACUGGUCUCCCUCGCAUUGGCGAGCUUGGGAGCAAAGAUGGUCGCCACGGAUGGCAAUGAUCAGGUACUGAAGCUCGCUGAGCGGAACCUAGACCAAAAUGAGAUUCCUAAGGAUCGGAUUAGUUCCCACAAACUCAUCCAUUCUAAGAGACCACCAUCGGAAGCCCAGCGAGUUGAGAAGCUCAUAUCUUCAACUUUGGAGGGUGUUGGCUCUGUGAUGAAUGAGACUCUUCUCGUCGGCAAGAUAUUGGCACAAGCAGCGGGUCAAGAGGCUAAUGCAGCUGUUCAUGAUGCUACAGAUUCUAUACAGAAGAGGUUUGAAGAGUACCUUUCUUCACCGCAAGCAUUUGAGCAACUAGGUGAGAAACGCAUAGAGCUUAUACGGGAACAAGUGAAGGCCAGUCGGAAAUUGCUGGAAACAGCUGCUGUGUUCCUAAGGAGCACGUCAGAGAGUUCCCUCGAGUCCUCUAUCGAGGUCCUCAACAAGUCGCUCACUUUGAUGGAGGUCCCCAUCGCCAUUCUUGGGCCUCAGGCAAAGCGCGACAGAGAGAUACAGGAUAGGAUUCUUACUACGCUAUCGUCAAGAUCAAGUCCGGGCACCGGCUCCAGCACUGCUUGGAGCCAAUCCGACCCGAGGAAGUUGAUACAGUUCGUCCGGCAUAUAUCCCAACAACGGCAGGAGCGACUUUCAGAGUAUGUGGACGCUCUGUUAGCCAGCGGCCAGCUGACGAAGCAUCCUCUAGUUCCGCACGAGUUUGAGAAAAAGCUUUAUCUGGACAUCCUCAGCAUUGUCACUUUCGCUUUCGAGAACGCCAUGGGAAGUCUGGAUAAUAUGCAGCUGUGGGGCCAUGCAAUUAAGGUGCGCUCAGUUCAAGAAUCGGAGGUAUUCAUCAAUUUGAAGUUAAGUGGCACUUCGUUACAUGGAAGAGAGCAGCUCAGCGUUAUAGUUGAUUCGAUGCUCCGUGAUGAGUUUGUGAACAACCCACUCAUACCAGAUGCAGUUGAGCGGAGUCUUUAUCUCAACACUGUCAUUCUUAUAUUUCGGAUUCUGGAGGACCUCUCCAACUCGUUGCACGUGUCGGUCAUGGGACACCGUUUGGAAUGGAAACUGAGUGAGUCAGCAAGUGCCACUAUCCGUUUAUGGAACGACUGUCGUUGUGACUAUUACAAGUCUCUCGCUCAAGUGCCGACGAAAGAGCUCCAGGAACGCCUCUAUGAGCUGCAGAAUGAACAUGAGAUGAUUGGCAAGGUUUUGGCCAAUCGAACACAGCAAGCAUCGUCCGAGCUUCCAACUAGUGGUGGCAGUUUCCAAGAGGAUGAUCUCAAGAAGGUGGAAUAUGGUAAAGGAAAGUUCGCUUUGAGAGCCGCAGAGCAUCCCCAUGUAGCACGGUGCCUAGAGGUCAAAGGUAGCCAGAAGCUGCUAGUCACUAAGUGCCCUAUUCAUGCUUACAUCAAGCAUAUCAUUCUCAAGGCUAGGGUGAAGUCGGACGCUAAGGCUACUGCUCGUGCUUUCCAGUGUGAUGUCGGCUUUGGAAUUAAACAUGGUGGUCCGACGAUAAGCGAUGUCGUGACGUACAAUGUCACGUUGAAGCCACCCGAUGACAAAACUGCUGCCAUUGUCGCUGCAUCCGAACCUUUCAGCUAUUGUGAAUGCCUUGUAUAUGACUGGGGCUUCGAACGACGGGGCAGACUGACUAAGGUCACAGUGAAUGUCUACUUUAAGGCUAAGUAA